AUGUGGGCCUAUCGCUUCAACCGCCGCGACCAACUCGAGCGCUUCGUGGACUUCCGAGUUGCCGGCCCUGGACAUUUUCCCGAAAGUUUCGGAGGCCGGGUGCGGGCGGUGUCUGGCGGCCUGGCGGAAGUGGCCGUUGCCGUGGCAGAGGAAGAGCGAGGCGCACGCACCGGCGAGACGGUGGUUCUGGUGAACGAGGCGCUCUUCGCUUUGCUGAGCUCCGCGGAGGUGGUGCAGCCACUGGAGCUCGACGACGGCGGCGAGUGCGCAAAAAAAAAGCGCGCGCCAGGCGAGCGCCGAGCGCUCUCGCUCUUGAGGCGGCGAUAG